UCCAGCAUUUUAUCUUUGCAACUUUCUCGCCAUGGGAAAGCUAAUGACUCAAGUGACCAAGCAAGACUUCUCACAGAACACGCACCUGCGGCGCUGCUUUCGAUUGUGUUCCUUCUUGCUGGUUCUACUGCUUAUCUACAUUUUGCUUGUUGCAUUCAACUUCCAGUUUGUCCGCCGAGUGCCUGUAGAAUACGUGUUCGGCGACAGGCUGGAGAUCACAGUCUCCUCCUGCGACGUUGUGUUACAACGCGGCAGCACUCGCUCCGUCAAAGUCCAGGGCCUGCUGACCCACCUCAAGGUGGAGCGCACCAUGGCAUCGUUGGACGUCGUGCGGAUCAUGAAUGUUCAGAAUUUUCAAGGCUGCGAUGACCAGCCCAAGAAGGACUGCAAGCGCGUGUGCGAAGUGGUGGCGACCAUUCCCGAAGAUACGCCGCCCGACGUGGUUUGGAUCCAGCAGGUGAGCAACGACAAGGCGGAUCACGUGGUGGUGAAUAUCGACGGGGUCACCCUCAACAAUCUCAUGAUCAGAGAUGGCGGCGGCAAUUGGUGGGACAAGGCGGGUCCCAGCAUCGAGGUCUUCAUGCGCAACACCACCACAAAUGGUUGGAUGUACAUCACCUUGGCCAAAGGUGGGGCAAUGCUGCAGAACACCAAGCAUCUCUCCACGGCUGACGUGCGGUCAGACGGCAGCGUGACAAUGAGAGGAGUCCAACAUGGCGGUCCAAUUCUGCUGAAUUGGCGGCAACCCAACAAUCAGGCAUGCUUUGUUGCUGAGCCGAAUGAGCUGGUCCUCCCAGAUGAGAACGGCGCAUUUGCCUUGUGCGACUCCAUGUACUACAAGAGCAACUUCCAGAGCUUCUAUGACACGAGCAAAGACUUCUUCCUUGACCGCACGGAGUUUGGGAAUGCUCUGGUGAAGAUGCCCUACUGCUGCGGCGGCUCCUGCCCUCACGCGUCCUGGUGCGACGGCAACCUCUACUCCGUCUUCGAGUUCGGCUCAGAGGGUGGCGCUGGCUUCGGGAACCGCGCGGAGAUCUUGUCCGCGAACACGGUCUUCGACAAGCUGAAGACGCUGGGCUGGUCGGGCAUGGUGCCCUUCUGCUUCCGCGAAGCCAAGCUCAUGGCGCCGGUGGACCGGUCCCGGGCGGUGGAGGGCUGGCCGGAGCUGGUGCCCUGGGCCGGGGAGGCCACGGCGCCGAGCCCCCCGAGCUUCGCGGCCUGCGUGCGCCACUCCGACUGCAGGACUGGCUACUGCGAUGGCACCUCUACCUGUGCACCGCACCCAUCAGUGACCUUCUCCGAGGUCACGGGCAACUGGAGCAGUUGUGACAAGGUCUGCGGUGGCGGCCAGCAGAUCCGGGACCGGGUCUGCUUGGGCUCAGAUGGCUUGAAGUAUCCCACGUACCUAUGCCCAGGCUUGUCCUCCGCUACGGACGUGCAGAGCUGCAAUACCAUCGCCUGCGAUUUGCCACUCGUACCGGACAAUUACACCUUUGGCAUGGACAAGGACCUGCGUCCUGAGUGGCUGGACAUCACGGUGCUGGCCACGCUGCCCACCAAGGCCACGGCCCUGCAACUGCGUUUGGGCAGCUCUUCUGGGUCGAUGCUGGACACGGUGGUGGCAGAGGUGUUGAGCAACGAGUGCCUGAACAACCUCUGCACUCUGCAGGGCCAAGUCAAGGCGCCCGCCUACGCGGACCGCCUGCUUCUCAUGGGGAAGAACAACGACGGCUUGGGCCCCGCGGUCAGCGAGGCGUUCACGGACCGUGUGGGCGAGACGGGCAGCUUUCAGAAGUUCACUGUGCAAAGCGAGGCUGGCAUGGUGCACUUCAGCGUGGCUGGGGCGUCGGCGGCGAGCGGCACCUGGGCCCCCGCGGAUCGACUGCCGGGGAUCCGCAUGCAUUUGCCGGAUGCCAGGAGACUUAUGCGGACCGUGGGGCCUCGCUUCGGCAACCCAGAGUCCACGGAGCACGGGGUAGUGGUCAUCGACACCGUGGCGGUGCCCGGGAUCCCGGCCACGCGCUGGGUCUACGCCACCCGCCCGGUGUUCCUCUCCAUGGACCCCUCGAUCCUCACCUUUUUGUCCGCGGGGAUCCUGAAGCCGGAGAUCCAGAACUUUCGGGUGGCGUAUCUGGACCUCUCCUGCUCCACGGACUUCGUGAGCGGCAUCCCGGAGAAUCCCACCAGCGAGGACUUCCAGCGCUCCGACCUGAGGCUUCGCCUCGCGUCGAUGUACGAUCAGAUGCAGAAAUCCCUGCGCUCAGAUGGUUGGGCGACCAAUCAAAGGCUUCGAGGGGAGCUGGUGCUGCUGGACCCGGCGCACGGAGUGAAGCCGCACGCCUCCAAGUACUGGGAGUUCUACACCGGCGCGAACGGCGACACCUUGAUGAAGCUGCGCGACGUGCAUGCGCUGGAUCAGCUGCAGGACGCCGCCACAGGGCUAUCGCUGGCCUGCGGUGCCAUGGCAUCCUUGCUCUUCACCUUCGUCUUCUUCAAGUUGGCGCGCAAGGGCAUCAGGGCUCGGAACAUGGAGAAGCGAGCCCAGAACACGCUGCUGAGGCAGAAGUUGGGGGAAAUCAAGGACAAAGAGCAGAACCACCUCGAUCAGCAGAUCCAGGCUGCAGAGGGCAAUCCAUUCCUCCAGCCACUGCUUCUCAUUGAUUUGCUCGUGAUGGAGCCGAUUCUGAGCAAGCUCUUGAACAGCCUCUCCCGCUUCUCCAGCGAGUUCUUGGUCGUGAGCCAUGCUGAACAGUUCAAGAGACCUGCGCAAGUGGUGCCUGCGGAGCCAGAGGUUGAUCCGUCCAAAGCACCUGCCAAAGCAGAGAUGCGCAUUCAAGUCACCACACCUGACGACAAGCGGCCUUUCGUGUACAUGCGCCACUUCCGGACCAUGUAUUCGCAGUGGUGCAUCAAGCAUGGCUACGAGCCGGUACAAUCGCGCGAUGAGAUCAUCAGGUUCCUGGUGGACCAGUACAACGUGCGCUCCGUGCGAGAGACCGUCUGGCGGGUCCGCGGUGUGCGCUGGCGCCGGAAGGAAGAGCCCUACACUGCGACCCCGCUGCCCACGGAUGACGAGCCGAGCACCUUGUGGAGGUUUCUCAAUGAACACGUGGUCGUGACCAAAGACAGGAGGACACACUGGCUCGACAUGAAGAACAACAGGCUUCCACAUGGCGAUGUGCAAAUCGGCAUGCGGCAGAAGUAUUUCAACUGGUGCUCCGAGAGGAACCUCACCCCGGUGGCCCCAGAGGAGAUGGAUCCUUUGAGCCGCGAGAGUGAGCUGAUGGGCCUUUCGGCGUGGGCCUUGGUCAACGACUCCAUCUACCAGGAGGUGGAGGUGCAGAAGAUUUUGCACUGCUCCCUGGCCACGGAGCCAAAGCUGGUCUUGGACUGUCGCCAGCUCAUCGCGGACUUCUUGGAGGUUUUGGUGGACAUCCUGGUCCUUGUGCUGCCUGCGCUGCUCAUCUCCCUCAAUGCACUAGGUGCUCAGCAGGUCUACGCUCAGACCACCGUAACAGACACCCCGGUGCAGAUGAUGGACGUCCUUGGAACAGCCUUGCCCUACAUCGGCUUUGACGCCGGCGGCCGCCAGGUGUUGUUCUUGACCGCCUUCAUCCUGUCGACGCAGUUUGUCUACAUCGUGUUGGCCACCAUCAGGGUGCUGCUGCACUAUGUUGUCCCAGAGCGCAGGAUCAAGAGGGCAUAUGACUGGUUCUUCGCCAUCGUGCUCUUGGUGGAGACGGUUGGAAUCACUGCCUGGGUCGGCGUCACGGCCUCGUGGUGCAUCUUGGCUACCAUCCUCUCCCCGGUGAAGUACUUGCCCUACGGCGCCGCUGUGAUCGUCUUUGGGGUUGUGGUGGUGACACUCUGGAAGGAGAUGAACGAGGCCGCCACAAUGAUGCGAAAGAAGGCCUUCUCUAUGAUCGACGAGAAGCUCCAAAGUUGUCUCAAGACGGUGCAGCAGGAGAUCCAGCUGCAGAGGCACAACAGUGCCAUGCUGAGCGGCUUGCGAAAGCUGGAAGCAAAGCGGGCCACGGCAAAGAAGAAGGUGGAUGAGUCAACAGCUGCCUUUGACGAGUUCCAGCAGGAGCGGACCAGACGCAAAGUAACCCCGGGGGACGUGUUUGCGACCCUGGACGCGGAUGUCUCAGGCACCAUCACCAUCGAGGAGUUCAAAAAGCUCUUCACGGCGAUGAACUCUUCGUUGGAUCCCAACAUGAUCGAGAAGAUGUUUGCAUAUGCCGACUCCGAUGGCUCUGGGCUCAUCACACAGGACGAGUUUGAGGAAGCCUGGGGCUUCCUCACAGAGCACUUGGUGAACAAGGUCCUGCAUGAGCUUGGAUUCGGCCCAACCGACAUCUUGAUUACCAUCAUCAUGGCUGCAUUGACGCUGCUUUGUUUCUUCUUCUUCAUCUUCUUCGCCAUGCAGGGCUGGUACAACGACACCUCCUUUCAGUCCUGCGUGCAGUCGGCCUUGGUGGCCGGCAGUGGCAAGGUUGCCACCAUCGUUCGCAAGAGAGUGCCCGAUGACCAGGAGGCGGGAGUCGGCGCCAUCAUGGGCUCCAUGGAUGGAGGGGAUGAUGGCGCCGGAGAUGGAGAUGGAGAUGGUGAGGGGGAAGGUGAGGGCGAAGGCGGUGAAGGAGAAGGAGAAGGUGGAGGCUGAAGGCCUUGAGACCGUGGGCAAUCUACAAAAGAUUCACGCGGAUACUGUGUGCUUUUGCAUGGCACCCAAAUGCAUUUCUUGCACUUCCCGCCUUGUUCUUUGGCCACUACGACUCCAUGCGAAAGCAUCAAUUUCAAAGUCACCUUUUUUUUUGUGGCAUCCUGAAAACCUGGCUGCAAAGCAGCAAGAUGGCGACGGAGCCUAACCCUUGCAUGCAAGUGCUUUCGUGGACUACUGCUGUGACCGAAACAAUCAGGGCGAACAGCA